AUCGAAAUUGCAGUCAUGAAGGAUCAAUUGAAGUGGAUAACCCUACAGCUGCUCCUCCUGAUGGGCACUGCCACUGCCUUUCCGGAUGGCGCCCCGGCGGACACGUGUGUGAAACAAAGGGCCAAUCAGCCGAAUCAUGGCAAGGCCAGAAGUCAGCCGGCUCACUCCAAUCCCUUCGAGGUGGUGGCCGACACCCAGACAUAUCACCCCGGCCAGCAGAUAUCGGUUGUGAUAUAUCCGCACUCGCACCAGAGCACCGUCUUCCGGGGAUUCUUCCUGCAGGCAAGGGAUUCCAACUCAAACGAGUGGAUCGGGGAGUGGGUGCAGAGCGAGAAUACCAAGACCAUUCCGGAGUGCUCCGCCAUCACGCACUCGGACAAUCGGGACAAACUGGGCGCCAAGCUGAUCUGGAAGGCUCCGCAGAACAAGAAGGGCAAUGUCUACUUCACGGGCACUGUGCUACAGGAGUACGGAACCUUUUGGAGCGACAUCGUUAACAAAGUGCAGGCGGAGCCGCAAUAACAGAAAUUAUGUACUUAUUUAUAAAGCAGCUGUACCCAACGCCGGGCAAAUAAAUCUUAAAACCCCUAAUUAGUCAAAACGAAAUUGUUGUUUGAAGAUUUUUCAAAUAGCAUUCGGACGUCUUGGAGCCAAAAGCGCCCCAUUGAGCUGUGCAAUCAACAUUACAGGGCAAAAUUAUUGACUUUUUGGCUUAACGUUUAUGAAUGACCAGCCCACAUCCGAGCAAGCGAACCAGUUCCCACCGCCCAUCGUUAUACUCAGUACCCCAGUAACACCCACAAACAGCUAAAACACCCACCAACACCCACUUACACCCCGACAACACCCACAACCGCCCACUCUUAGACCAAAAUCAAACGCACGAGCCGAGGACGUUUGGGUUUCCAGACACGUUGCCCAGCUUCUCAUUGGAAAUUCGUUUUGGGCGUUCGAGUAAAUUGGAAACUUUAAGCACCUUUCAUGCCGGCUGUGCAAGGCAGCGGCAGCGGCAGCGGCGGUGGUUAUAAAGUAAUUAGACGGUCACCGAAUUUGGCCAAGACGUAGGCCAAGAUAAGAAUUCGUAGCAUAGGUCUGAGCA